AUGCAAUACCUGUCUCGACUCAAAAAUUGCACCGAGAUCACAUCUCUUAAUCUCGCAGAAGACAUUGCAGCGACCCAAGACCUUGAAAACAGACACAAAGACAUUUUCUUAGAAAUGAUCGAAUGGCUCCGUGGCUGCCACCAGCUUAGAGAAAUCACAUUGUCUAACUUCAUAAGUGCACCUCCACUUCUGACACCAGUUAUGAGAGAAAGAGGCAUUGAGCUUGACAGCUUAGAAAUUGAAGGUUACUCUCUCACAGGUAGCAAAGAUUUUCAUCAAGCAAUGGCGCUCCAGCCCAGCUUGACGUCUCUAUACCUGAAAGGCGAAGACAGCGAAGUGGUCGCCGACAAUGACAUUUUAGUGGACGCCAUUAACAGGCUCAUCAAUCUAAGAGAUUUGAGAUUGACGCAAAUUUCAGCAAACUUCACAGAGCAUCAUAUUCGAUCACUAGCCCAGAAUCUGCAUAAGCUUGAGACGUUUUGGACCGGAGGUUUUCAUAUCACGGACGCCAUCUGGCCAGAUAUAGCUGAGCUUGGACGUCUGAAAAGAUUGGAAUUGAACGCCGAUACACGCUUUACGUCAAAUGGCAUUGUAGACUUCGUUCUAUCACUCGGUCCGGGCAAUGAAGGGUUUACGCUGAGCGUAAUGAUGCAAGACACCGACAGCGACAUUGCCGAGAUUGAACAGGACAUGAUUAGAGAGACACUUGCGUCACGUGUAGGUGGAAGAUUCGACUUUCUCCUUGUUCGUGGACCUGAGGAUGAGUUUGCCAACGAAGAUUCAGACUCGGAAUCGACCAUGCGAAAAGACGUAUACUCAUCAUCGCAGGCUCAGACAGCUCCGGUGGAGCGUGUCAGAAACAUCCACUAUGUCCCGGCAGACUUUGUGAAGGAGCAGAUCGAUGCGGUCUUUGACGAUAUCGGCGUCGACGUCGUCAAGAUAGGCAUGCUCGCCGCAGCCGAAACAAUUGGUGUGGUGGCUUCCACUUUGGAAUUCCACGGCAAUCCCCCCUUAGUCUUGGACCCUGUCAUGGUCGCUACAUCUGGAGCCCAAUUAUUGCCCAGCGAAGCUGUGCAUAGCAUUUGUACACAGCUGUUACCACUUGCCACGAUAUUGACUCCAAAUAUACCGGAGGCAAAGCUCUUGUUACAGAAGGCUGGAGUGGUUUCAAACGACGUAGCUUCUAUCGAUGACUUAGUCCGCAUGGCGUUUGAUAUUCAGCAGCUUGGUCCACAAUACGUGCUGCUCAAAGGCGGUCACCUUCCACUUACCCGGUCAGGCCAAAUAUCAUAUCGAGAUGAGGACCGUGAUACAGUCUUGAACAUCUUCCAUGACGGCAAACGCGCGGUCUUCUUUGAGACAGACUAUGUAGUUUCGAAGAACACGCACGGCACAGGUUGCUCCCUUGCCUGUAAGUGA